UCACCAACAUCCCGUAUGUAUACACAAGAUGCUUUUGUUAGCGUGUUGCACAUGGAACAGUCCAUGGAGCAAAGCGCAGAGGGCGCUUAGAGUGCUUGGUGUUAUACUCUUUAUCGCAGAUAUCGUGUCUGAUUCUAUACUGGCGGCUGAUUAUCGUUCUCGUGGCUUGCAUGUGUAUUUCUGGUGGACACUGGGUCUGGUUGUUUGUCCUGCUAUCAUCACGAAUGCUUUCUCUAUCUACUGGGAGUGUAAUGCCGCCAAAACGAGGAUGAGACGAGAGAGAGAGAAGGCAGCUCAAGUCGCACGUGAAAGCGAAAGUUCGAGUGAAUUUGGUGAGACGGAAAUCGAUGGCGGAAAUGCGGUGGAUGGAGGGAAUGAGUGUGAUGGAACGUUUCCAAAAUGGCUAUGGCUUGUAGAGGCUUUCCUUGGGCCUGUCAGUAAGCCCGUUGUUAGACUAAAUUGCCAAGCAAUUUUGUGGCACUCCCUACUUCUCGGGAUUCUCUUCCGUUCUCUUCGAGCUCUCUUUACACAGCGGAGACCCAAUGGAGAAGAGGAUGGUCUCAUGGAAAUCCGAGAGGCGACAUUUCUUCAGUUGAUAGAGUCAUUUCUCGAAGCUGCCCCUCAACUUGUCCUCCAGAUUAGUAUCAUGGUACACGACGACUCGGCUAAUACACAACAACUGAUUUCGGCUAUUGUUUCUCUUCUCUCUCUGGCAUGGUCACUAAAGACCUACUUUGCCGCAUUACGUAAUGUGAAUGCUCGACUACAAAGUCCCUAUCGCCAAUAUAGACUAUCCUGCAAGGGCGGCUUUAUGAUGAUUUUGUGGCGUCUGGGAAUGAUUUCGUCAAGAGCAAUCGCGUUGGCAGUGUUUUUGGCAGCCUAUGGCAGCUGGCUCUUACUCAUUGCUGGAAUACACUUUACGGUGAUGUUUCUAUGGCACAUUUAUCAGCAAACGAAUUUCACGUUCCCUAAGGGAUUGGAUUAUGCGAAACUGAAGAAACGUGGCGACAAAUGGAAAAUACUGUUGAAAGAAUGGUGUUUUGACUUUGUGAUGGCGGGUCUGACUAUUUUCUGUUUUAUUAACCUGCUGCAGGGGAGAACAUUUCGUAACAUGACGGUUUACUACAUCAUCAUGUUUAUAGAGAACACGAUGAUGGUGACUCUCUGGUUCACAUCACUUCAUGCCGACGACCAAGCGUGGCAUACACACAUGCUACUGGCAUUUGUGUUCAGUUCGUUUCUAUUCGGUCUUAUAUGGCUCGUCAUUUACUACCAAUAUGGUCACCCGAACAAACAAGAUCACCAGACAAAUGCCGUUGUGAGGUUUAUGCAUCAUGUCAUAGUGAAACUACAAGAUGAUGUGCUAAUACCGGCUGCUCAGUUGGACAGUAUUCAAAGAGAAACUUUUGUCUAAAAAUCAAGACAGACGUUCUUAAUUAAGACGUUUAAUCAAUUUAACUUCUUACCUGAGAAGUGGCUCGUUUUGCUACAUUGAAUAGCUUAGUGUUGUAUUAGCAGACCUGUUGGUUGUACAAGUAAAUUCCUGAAUUGUUUGCGUAGUUUACCUAUCAGUAAAUUUUUAGUUGCUACAUUGUGGUUGUCAAUACAGGCAAGUGAAUUCACCACCACAACCACCACCAUCCCCCCACUGGUACUGGGUGUGUC